AAAAGGGACAUAGGAAACGCCGUCCAAGGAAAAGGGCCAUAGGAAACGCCGAAACGCACCGUUUAACGAUAACCGUAAAAACGUUCGAUAUCUGUGCUCCAGCCUUGUUUCCUUUCAAGUUUCAACGCAGAUAAGGUUCGCUCAGGGAGAAUCAUGGCGGAAGCUUCCGGGAUCCUCCACACAACACUGUUCCCGAAGUUCGCUGGGCCUCAGAAAGCUCGGAGACGUUGCUCAACGGUGAUUAUGCGCAAACAUUCGGUACAGUGUUUGUCAGUGUCUACCGGCGACAAAACUAGCGUGACCCAGACGGUACCGUGGGGCUGCGAUAUCGAUUCUGUAGAGAACGCUUCUGCUCUGCAGCGAUGGCUGUCAGAGUCGGGCCUCCCGCCUCAGAAAAUGUCGAUACAGAGAGUGGAUGUGGGAGAGAGAGGCUUGGUAGCCUUGAAGAAUAUCAGGAAGGGCGAAAAGCUACUCUUUGUGCCUCCGUCACUCGUGGUCACCGGCGACUCGGAGUGGAGCUCUACAGAGGCUGGUGAAAUUUUAAAGAAGUAUUCUGUGCCAGACUGGCCAUUGCUUGCCACUUACCUGAUUAGCGAAGCUAGUCUUCAAAAAUCCUCAAGAUGGAACAACUACAUUUCAGCCCUACCCCGACAGCCGUAUUCACUUUUAUAUUGGACGCGUGAAGAACUUGAUAGGUAUUUGGAAGCAUCACAGAUUAGAGAGCGGGCAAUUGAAAGAAUUACCAAUGUAGUAGAAACAUAUAAUGAUUUAAGCCUGAGGAUCUUUUCCAAGUAUCCUCACAUAUUUCCUGAAGAGGUAUUCAAUUUGGAGACAUUCAAAUGGUCAUUCGGAAUCCUGUUCUCUCGCUUGGUUCGUUUGCCCUCAAUGGAUGGAAGGGUUGCAUUGGUUCCAUGGGCAGAUAUGCUUAACCAUAGUUGUGAGGUGGAGACAUUUCUGGAUUAUGACAAAUCGUCAAAAGGGGUCGUAUUUACAACAAAUAGGCAGUACGAGCCAGGUGAGCAGGUUUUCAUAUCCUAUGGCAAGAAGUCAAAUGGAGAGCUAUUGUUAUCCUAUGGUUUUGUUCCGAAGGAGGGUACUAAUCCUAGUGACUCUGUAGAGUUGUCAUUGUCCCUUAAUAAACCUGACAGAUGCUAUAAAGAGAAGUUGGAAGCUCUGACGAAGCAUGGAUUGUCUGCAUCUCAGUGUUUUCCUUUAAGAAUUACUGGUUGGCCAUCGGAACUAAUGGCAUAUGCUUACUUAGCAGUCAGCCCUCCAAGUAUGAGCAGCAAGUUUGAAGAGAUGGCUGCUGCUGCAUCAAAUAAGACAGGUUUUAAGAAGGAUAUAGAAUACCCAGAAAUUAUGGAACGAGCAUUACAAUUCAUAUUGGACAGUUGUGAGUCGAGCAUUUCAAAGUACAACAAAUUCCUGCAGGCUAGUGGAUCAAUGGAUUUGGAUGUGACAUCUCCAAAGCAGCUAAACCGGCGACUGUUUCUGAAACAACUGGCAGUAGAUCUGUGUAAUAGUGAGCGGAGAAUACUGUUUCGUGCUCAAUCUGUACUGAGGAGGAGAUUGAGGGAUAUGAGGAGUGGCGAAUUGCGGGCAUUGACAAUCUUUAAUGGGUUCAGGAAGCUGUUCAAAUAAGUUUCAUAAUGUAAUUCACUUUUGUUGUUGAGACAGGUGUUUCUGGCUCAUCAAGAGGUAUCAUAUUUCUGUGGUAUAGGAUUUAUUAUCGAGUGAGAGGGCAUGUGUUUCCAAGCCCUAAUACUUGUAAAGAGAUACAAAUUUGUUUACUCACAUGUUUUAAUGCUUCCCUGAAAUGGGUUGAGAGAAACAUCAAGUUCAGUUUCU